AUGAUGCCGUCGGAGAGUGGAGCUGAGAGCCUGGAGCAGCCAGCUGCGCAGGUGGGGACCGGUGCAGCCUCGGCAGUGGCCACGGCUGGGGCGGCCGGCGGCGGCCCGGACCCGGAGGCCUCCUCGGCCUCCCUGGGACGGCACCAGAGUCGGCUGAGCUGGCCACAGGUGAAGCGGCUGGACGCGCUGCUGAAAGAGCCGAUCCCCAUUCACGGGCGAGGAAACUUCCCCACGCUGAGCGUGCAGCCCCAGCAGAUCGUGCAGGUGGUCCGCAGCAGCUUGGAAGAACACGGAUUGCACGUGCACAGCGUGCGCCUGCACGGCUCAGCCGCCAGCCACGUGCUGCACCCCGAGAGUGGCCUAGGCUACAAGGACCUGGACUUGGUGUUCCAGAUGGACCUGCGGAGUGAGGCGUCCUUCCAGCUCACCAAGGCAGUGGUCCUGGCUUGCCUGCUGGACUUCCUGCCAGCGGGAGUGAGCCGGGCCAAGAUAACACCGCUGACACUCAAGGAAGCCUACGUGCAGAAGCUGGUGAAAGUGUGCACCGACCUGGACCGCUGGAGCCUCAUCUCACUGUCCAACAAGAGCGGUAAGAACGUGGAACUCAAGUUCGUGGACUCUGUGAGACGCCAGUUCGAAUUCAGCAUCGACUCCUUCCAGAUCAUCUUGGACUCGCUGCUCCUCUUUGGCCAGUGCUCAUCCACACCAAUGUCGGAGGCCUUCCACCCUACGGUGACCGGGGAGAGCCUCUAUGGGGACUUCGCUGAGGCCUUGGAACACCUGCAGCACCGCGUCAUCGCCACACGCAGCCCCGAGGAGAUCCGAGGUGGUGGCCUCCUCAAGUACUGCCACCUCCUGGUACGGGGCUUCCGGCCAAGGCCCAGCACUGAUGUUCGCGCCCUCCAGCGAUACAUGUGUUCGCGUUUCUUCAUCGACUUCCCGGACCUGGUGGAACAGAGGCGCACUCUGGAGCGCUACCUGGAGGCCCACUUCGGCGGAGCGGAAGCAGCCCGCCGGUAUGCUUGCCUUGUGACACUGCAUCAGGUGGUCAACGAGAGCACAGUGUGUCUCAUGAGCCAUGAGCGCCGCCAGACCCUGGACCUCAUUGCCAUGCUCGCCCUCCAGGCACUGGCUGAACAGGGCCCUGCGGCCAUGGCUGCCCUGGCCUGGCGACGUCCUGGCUCAGAUGGGGUGGUCCCAGCCACUGUUAAUUACUACGUGACCCCCAUGCAGCCUCUGCUGCCCAGAGCCCACUCCUACCCUACCUGGCUGCCUUGCAACUGACUCUGAUCCUGGCCAGAAGGGAAU